UUAACUAAUUGUUCAUCAGUUUUAUGUUGAGUUGUUUACUUUUCCCGGCCAGACAAAUCACAUAACUCUCUCUCUACACACCGUUUCGUCUUCCCUCGGCAAAGGGACAAUUUGUAGUUAGAUGGGCUUUUUUAAGUUUCACAUCAGAGAGACGUCGUGAACUUUAGUCGGACUCCUUCCUCUCCGCCGCCGUUCGGUUAAUUCUCGCCGGAUCAGAGCAGAGGUGGAAGUGUCUACAAGGGGUCAUUUACAUCACUCUCUCGGGUUUGGGGGUUUCUAUGAUACUUAUGCUGGAUUGAUUAUGAGUAUCAACAGAGAUGAGGCUCUUAGAGCCAAAGAUUUAGCGGAGGGUUUGAUGAAAAAGACUGACUUUACCGCUGCACGUAAGCUUGCUUUGAAGGCUCAGAAAAUGGAUGCCAGCCUGGAUAACAUAUCUCGUAUGAUUAUGGUCUGUGAUGUUCACUGUGCCGCAACGGAGAAGUUGUUUGGAACUGAGAUGGAUUGGUACGGUAUACUUCAGGUUGAGCAGAACGCUGAUGAUGUUAUCCUCAAGAAACAGUACAAGAGGCUUGCGCUUCUUCUCCACCCUGAUAAAAAUAAGCUCCCUGGUGCUGAAUCUGCUUUUAAAUUGAUUGGUGACGCCCAGAGGAUACUUUUGGACAAAGAGAAAAGGAAGCUUCAUGACGUUAAACGCAGAAGUUGGAGAAAGCCUGCACCUGGACCACCAUAUAAAACCCAACAGAUGCCCAAUUAUAACACACAGCCUGUUUUCCGGGCAACCGUUAAUAACAGGAAUAUCUUCACCGAAUUGAGACCUGAAAACGGCCAUCCCUACCAGAAAGCUCAAGCCCAACCAGCUGCUUUCGGUCACCGUGCAACCUUUUGGACAUCUUGUGCCUUCUGCCGGACGAGGUUCGAAUAUAGUCGUGAACAUGUCAACAAGGAAAUUACUUGUGCGUCUUGUAGUAAACAGUUCACUUCUUUUGAAGUACCUUCGCAGAAUGCACCACCGGGGAAAGGAUCAUAUCAGACUACUUCCUUCCCGCAACAGAACAAAUUUCCAGACCAAAAGGCUUACAGUGAACCGCAAAAAGGCGAGUUUCUAAAGCGUCCAGAACAUCCUCCCAAAGUUUCCUCUACAAAGGCGAGUUUCCCUAUGCCGGGCUCUACUGCUAAAAACGCUGGCAAGAGGAAGAGAAAGAAUAUAAUUGAAUGUAGUGAAAGGUCUGAUAGUGAAAGUAGCAGUGAGUCAGAAGAUGUUGUGGUCGAUGAUACUAUGGCAGCACGAGAUUUGGGGUCCAAAGGAGGAGAGAAGCCUCGGAGGUCAGUCCGUAGCAAGCAGAAGGUUUCCUAUAACGAGAAUCUGAGUGAUGAUGAUGUAGACUUAGUUCCUGAAAAAGGUGAAGAGAAAGAAGAGGAAAAGCAGAUGCAUGAGGAGCAUAGCUCAACUGAGAGAGUAAACACGAAAGAGACGAUAAAAGGAGACCAGGUGGAAACCCCUGCUGGUGCGAGUGAUUCAGAGGAAGAUUUGAGUUCAGAGAGUGCAGCAAAACCAAAUUUGAUAAACUAUGAUGAUCCUGAUUUCAGUGACUUCGAUAAGUUGAGGGAAAAAAGCUGUUUUCAAGUUGGCCAGAUGUGGGCUGUUUAUGAUGAAGACGAGGGAAUGCCUAGAUUUUAUGCUAUCAUAAGAAAAGUAACAACUCCUGAUUUCAUGAUUAAGUACGUAUGGUUAGAGGUUGACCAAGAUGACGAGAAUGAAAGACCAAAUUUACCUGUCUCUGUUGGUAAGUUUGAAGUAGGGAAUAUGGAAGAGACGACUGAGUGUUCCAUUUUCUCUCAUUUGGUCCGCAGGACAACAAGAAUCAGGGGUCGAAAGUUUACAGUAUUCCCAAAGAAGGGAGAAAUAUGGGCCCUUUUCAAGAACUGGGACAUCAAAGGGUCGGCUAACACAGUUUCUCCUCUUAAGUACGAGUAUGAAUUUGUUGAGAUCUUGUCUGAUCAUGCAGAGGGAGCCACGGUAUCAGUUGGGUUCUUGUCUAAAGUGAAAGGCUUUAAGUGUGUUUUCUGUCCAAUGCCAAAGGAUGAAUCAAACACUUCUGAGAUUCCACCUCAUGAGUUCUGUAGGUUCUCACAUAGUAUUCCGUCAUUCAGAUUAAAAGGAUCAGAAGGAAUAGGCGUAACCGAGGGUUGGUAUGAGCUUGAUCCAGCUGCUUUACCGGUCUCUGUCUCUCAAAAUCUAUCAAGUGAAGAAGCAGCUCAAGACUAAGACCAUCAAUCUCCACCUUCAGGAUCUGCCUCUUGAUAUUAUCUCAAUCAGAGGCUUUGUUGUGUCCAUGAAUUGCUAAAAUCACGAUUUUUGGAGCCUGUUUUAUUUUGUUCAGGCGUACAGGUUUACUGACAAGGGAAACCAAAGCUCCUCAAGAGGCGUCGAUAAGCUUGAUCCCUCUUUGUUGUCUUGUGACAUGAUCCAGUCAUGAUUCUGGUGGGCGGUUGUUUUUUGUUUAUUUUUAUUUUUUUGUCUAGCUCUUGCGUUUUCCUUCUUCCGGUUCAGUCGGGCUUAAAACUUAACUAGCAUUUGUCUCUAUACUCCAUUGUUGGUAGAGUAAGAAACUGUUGAAUUAAGUUGUUGAAAACCCUAUUUGGCCAUAUUGUGCUUGUACUAUCCACUUUUCACUUGUAAAAUAAAGCGUCAGUUGAAAUUUCUGUUUUUAAGCU